AUGUCUGAGCAAGACGUUCAUCCAAGCAAAUAUAACAAACUGCGAGGCAGUUGCAAAUACUAUAUAGAUUCGUAUCUUGCAUUGUAUCAGCUAAAAACGGAAAACGAAGGAGAAUUAAAGUCGAUUUACAAAAUGAUCAAAACAGAUUUGAUUGAUUCAAAGAAAUAUCUCUGCACAAAUGUUAUUAAAGACAUUUUAGUUAUCAUCCCGUUUAAUAAUCGCUAUACAAAGUCAUAUUUAUUUCUUGCCAAACUCAUAUCUGAUGAUUACCAUAUCACAGAGGUCAGCAGUGUUGAAACUUUUCCAGGCUUCCUGUUUUAUAAAGAAUAUGGAAUUCAAUUAGACAAAUCAGCUAAUUUUGAACAAUUUAGCUCAACAAAUCUGGACAUUCAUACAGAAAAUACAAUUUACAGAGCAAUUAUGUAUAAUGACAUAGAAACAUUCAUCGCAUUCACUGAACAAGAAGGAUUUAAUAAAGACCAAACACUUAAAAGCGAUUUAUAUCCAGACUCUUAUAAUGAAUAUUCAUUACUUGAAUUAUGUUGUUACCAUGGAGCAGUUGAUUGUUUCAAGUUAUUAAGAACAAAAUUUAAAUCAGAAAUAACUCAAACAUGUCUAGCAUUAUCAUUUUUAGGCGGAAAUCCCGAGAUCAUGAGUGAAUGUUUGAAAUUUCAAAAACCAAAUGAAGAAUGCAUGGGUUAUGCAAUUAUUUCACACAACGUUGAUUUUGUUACAUUCUUGAUGAAUGAGUACAAUUUAGAGAUCGACUUAGAUUAUUGUAGGUUUUAUAAUAAUCUUGAAUCCUUUUUAAUUUAUUUCGAUCAAACUAAUGAUAUAAACAAAUGUUUCGUUUAUUCAGCAAUAUUUGAUACUCCAUCCCUUUUGGAAUACUUCCUUUCACAUGGUGCAAAUAUCAAUGAAAAAGAUGUAGGUGGAAGAACCGCACUUCAUAUCGCAAUGCUUACUAAUAUAAAAGAAACUGCAGAAUUUCUUAUUUCACAUGGUGCGAAUAUCAAUGAAAAAGAUAUAUUUGGAAGAACUGCACUUCAUAUUGCAGCAAUAAACAAUAGUAAAGAAACUGCCGAACUUCUUAUUUCACAUGGUGCAAAUAUCAAUGAAAAAGAUAAAUUUGGAAAAACUGCACUUCAUGUUGCAGUAGAAAACAAUAGAAAUGAAACAGCAGAAUUUCUUAUUUCACAUGGUGCAAAUAUCAAUGAAAAAGGUGAAUAUGGAAGAACCGCUCUUCAGAUUGCAAUACUUAAAAAUAGUCAAGAAACUGCAGCAGUUCUUAUUUCACAUGGUGCGAAUAUCAAUGAAAAAGAUAAAUUUGGAAGAACCGCACUUCAUAUGGCAGCAGCAAAUAGUAGAAAAGAAACUGCAGAAGUUCUUAUUUCACAUGGUGCGAAUAUCAAUGAAAAAGAUAUAUUUGGAAGAACUGCACUUCAUAUUGCAGCAAUAAACAAUAGUAAAGAAACUGCCGAACUUCUUAUUUCACAUGGUGCAAAUAUCAAUGAAAAAGAUAAAUUUGGAAAAACUGCACUUCAUGUUGCAGUAGAAAACAAUAGAAAUGAAACUGCAGAAUUUCUUAUUUCACAUGGUGCGAAUAUCAAUGAAAAAACUAAUAAUGGACAAACCACUCUUAAUUUUGCAAUACUUAAGUAUUAA